CACAUGUGGUCGCCCGCUCCGGCCCGCUGGCGCUCCGCGUGCAGGCAGCACGGCAGCAGAAUCGCAGACGCAGAUGUAAACAAAACAACGAUCGAGACUGAUUUGGAUUAAAUUGAACUUAAACACCUCCGUAAAAGAUGAGAAACUUUAAAGGCAUGGACGAGGACUUUGACUCCGACUCGUCUGUCGAGUUGGUCGAGGAGGUGGCAGGAGGCAGCCAAGAAGACUCAAACGCCGAAGGUGACGCCCAAACCUCCGAAGCGAGCAGUGACGACGACGACGACGACAGCAGUGACAGCAGCGACGAUGAUGACGACGACGACAAGCAGGACAAUUCAAACGCAGGAGAGCAGGAGGACGACGAUGACGACAUCGUGAGAGCGUUCAAGAACGCCCAAGAAGUGCGCAGAGACAAGCCUCCGGACAUUCACACCAGCGAACUGGUGGCAGACAUCAGCUUCCACCCUGAAAAAGACCUGAUCGCCGCCGCCUCCUUCGACGGGGACAUCUUCUUGUACGAGUACAGUAUGGAGAAAUGCGAGCUGAAAGAAACAGUGGAGGCGCACAACAAGGAAUGCAGAUGCGUUGAGUUCAGCGAAGACGGCGACCUGCUUUACUCAGCCUCCAAAGACAAAUCAAUCAUGGUCACCGACGUAGCAAGCUCUAAACCGAAAUGGUUCAACGACGAUGCCCACGAAGAACCAGUCUACACGCUAAAAGUUAUCGACGAAAACAGAUUUGCCACUGGAGAUGACAAUGGCACAGUGAAACUUUGGGAUCUGCGACAAAAGGAUGCAAUACUUUCCUUGAAAGAAUCAGAAGAGACAAUCACUGACAUGGUGACUAAUGAGUCACGGAGAUUCCUUGUUUUUUCCUCUGUCGAAGGAAUGAUUACCACCAUCGACCUCCACAGCAGAAAGCUGCAUGUUCAGUCUGAGCUAUACGAGUGUGAACUGAGUAGUUUGGCGCUGGUGAAGCAGGAUAGAAAGCUGGUAGUGGGCUCGAGCAAAGGCACAUACUACUUCUUCGACUGGGGCUCCUUUGGCUAUCACUCGGAUGAGUUUCCCGGGCCAAAGAACCCCAUCAACUGCAUGAAGUCGAUCACGCAAAACAUCGUUGUCACCGCCCACUCAGACGGAGUCUUGAGAGCGACACACUUGUUCCCGCACAAGCAACUUGGCAUUGUCGGCACACACCCGUCGUCGACCGUGGAAAGCAUGGACGUAUCAGGCGACGGUGAGUUGAUUGCGACAAGCGGCUUUUCUAACGUGAUCCACUUUUGGAACAUCAAAUACUUUGACGGCUUGGUCGUGUCCGAGAGGGAGAAGAACGACAAGAAGGUGCUCAAACACAACCUGCCCUCGUCUAAUGUACGAAACGCCGGCGACUUUUUCCAAGACAUGGCGUGAACAAAUGAUUAUGCCUUUAUGAAUAGAGUGGUACAAUUAUUUAGGAA